AUGGCAAGUUUCGUGCUUGGGUUGACCAAGGCAGCCGUGGAGGGGACACUGAGCCGUGUCCAGACGGCCAUAGAUGAGGAGACGAAGCUUAAGGUGAAAGUUCAACAGGACCUGGUGUUCAUCACCGGGGAGUUCCUGAUGAUGCAGUCCUUCCUCAACGUCUCCACUAAGGAGCGUGUCAAAAACGAAGUGGUGACAACUUGGUUGCGCCUGCUCCGUGAGCUAGCCUUAGACAUGGAGGACGGCAUCGAGCUGGUUGUCCAUCUCGACAAGGACAAGUCCACGUGGUGCUGCCGCAUCCUGCCGUCUUGCAUGUCACCAUCGCGGCCCCUUGACGAGGUGGCCAUCAAGAUCAAGCUCGUCAGGGACGGGGUCGAAGAAUUGAGCCAACGCAAUAUGCGGUACAACCUCAUCCUCGGCACUGAAACCUUCUCGGGGACGACGGCCAUCAUGCCGCCGAUCACCUCCGAAGAUACAUUGUUGUCGAAUUUUCAGGUCAUACGCCAAGUAUGGGAGGACGCUUGGAAGAUACGGAAAGUUGGCAUCAAAGAUUUGAUCAAACGUGAUGAAAGAAGCACUCAAGUGAUUUCUGUAUGGGAAAAUGGUGGCAACAAUCUUGAGAUACCAUACAUUAUCAACCAAGUGUAUUGUGACCCUGAAAUCUGCCAACUAUUCGAGCGUCGUGCCUGGGUUAAGAUCACUCGUCCUUUCAAUCACGACGAGUUCAUCAACACCUUGAUCACUCAACUCCUGUAUAAAACGGGCUCCUGUGAUCAAGCUCCAGCCAAAGAUGUCACCAACGCUGCUGAAGUUUUACAGCAGGUGACAAAGGAGCAAAGUUAUUUGCUAGUCCUGGAGGGAGUGUCUGACGUUGUUGAGUGGCACACUGCCAGGAAGUAUCUGCCGGAAAAUAACAACGGCAGUCGAAUCAUUGUGACCACGCCACACCUUGGGAUUGGGAAGGUGUGCACAGGGCAACCAUACCUCGUGUCGGAGUUCAGUAGCUUUCCAUCUUUUUAUGCCUUCUACAAAAGGGUGCCAGGGAAUCAAAUUGACAUGGGCGAUCUUCUGUGGAAAAUAAAGCGUGGUGGUUUGGUCAUGGUGGAAUGUGAUGAUGACAACAUGAAAACCGCUGUCGUCAAACGGCUGUGGCACAGAAUUGUGGAUGGUCAUGAAAAAUUCGACGGUGUGAGAUUCAAGAAGUACAAAUGGGUCACCAUUGGCGAUCCGUUCAACCCGAUGGACUUCUGGCGGCGAGUGCUCUUGGAUCAAAAUGGGAUCAUACCCGAGGAUUAUAUAACAAGAUAUAAACCCAAUCUCGGUGGACUUCUGGCUCAGUGGCUGCAUCAUAUUGACCGGGUGGUAAACAUGAAAGAUGCUGAAGUAAUGGAAAGCUGUCGCAAGCUUCUUAGUGAAGAUGACUCGCACCUUCUUGUCAUCGAUGGCGUAAGGGACAGUGAGAUUUGGCGUUCCCUUAAAGAAACAUUAGUAUCCGAUACUAUAAAAGGUUGUGUUGUUGCUAUUUGCAAGAAAGCUGUGGUGUUCAUCAAAGAUGACAUUGACACAUGGGUCAUUCCAGAGCAUCAGGAUCGCUAUUUCUUUUACAAAGACGAAGAGGCACGUGCCUGGAAGAGCAACCGCAGCUUUGAUCCAAACACUCGAUCUGAAGAGGAGAAGCAUUUGAGUAUUGACUCUCCUGGCGUGUUUUCGUUGUGGGGUAUUGCUGGAGUUGGCAAAUCAACUUACGCCAGAUACAACUAUUACAUAAGCAUUCUUAAUGUUUAUAAGAAAAAAGCAUACUACUGCUGGGUGGAUGUGCCACAUCCAUUCUGCCUCACGGAGUUGUCUCGACGCCUUCUUUUUGACUUCCAUUCCGAUGAUCUUAAAGCCAAAGAAGACGUGGUGAUCAGUAUCAUUGAAGGGAAAGACCCAGUUCAAAUGUGUCGUGAGUUGCUGCAUCCACGUGUUAACUGCUUGAUUGUCUUUGAUGGCCUACAGUCCACAGAUGACUGGGAUGCACUGAAAGCAGCAUUUGGUUGGUCCGACUUUUCUAGCUCUAAGACCACUAUCCUUGUGGUUACCAAUGAAGAAAGUGUGGCCAGACAUUGCACGGGCAACAAGAGCAAAAAUGAUUCUUCUGAAGUAAACAAUAUCAAAAAAGUGAUCAACUUGAAAGGUCUAAAUGAUGAUUCUGCUUUUCAACUCUUCCGUCAAAAGGUGGGUAAUGAUGAUCGACUAUUAGAAAAUGAAAAACUGAAAAUUGCAAAACUCAUCGUGAGCAAGUGUGGUGGGCUUCCUAAAGUAAUAGUUGCCGCAGCAAAAUACUGCAAUAAAGAGCUAGGGAAAUAUCCGUUUGACUUAAAGCCCGUUAAUGAUAAUUUUAUUUCCAUUUUGGAGAACAAUGUCCAAGAAUUUCAGAGUUUAAGAGGUUUAUUUUCUUGGGUGCAAUCCUACUUGGCAACUUGCAAGGAUUACCUCAAGCCAUGCAUCUUCUAUCUACCGGUUUUCCCUACGGACCAUAACAUUAGGCGGAGGCGUUUGCUACAACGUUGGAUUGCAGAGGGUUACUCUAGGGACACAAUUAGUGGUACUGCAGAGGAGAACGGAAAAGGAUUAUUCUCCGAGCUUCUCAACUUGAGCAUCAUUCAAAAACAAUCAACAAGCAAGUUCCAAUGCCGAGUCAAUGGUUUUUUCCAUGAAUACAUCACAUCACGUCCAAUGGAAGAUAACCUUGUCUUGGCACUAGAGGGGCAUUGCAAACAGAACUCACAACGUGUUGGGAGACACCUCAGUGUGCGGACAAGUUGGGAUAGGGACAAGAGCGUGUUUGAGAGCAUAGAUUUCUCACGGCUCCGGUCUUUUACAGUUCUUGGUGAGUGGAGGCCAUUCUUUAUGUCUAACCCAACCAACAACAAGAUGAGACUUGUUCGUGUGCUGGAUCUGGAAGACACAAUAGGUGUCACAGAUGAUGACUUGGAGCACAUUGGGGUGUUGCUGCCCCUCCUCAAGUUCUUAUCCCUGCGAGGCUGCCAAGAGAUUACCCGUCUGCCAAGUUCGUUGCAUGCCUUGAGGCAACUUCAAACUUUGGAUGUUAGGCACACCUCCAUAGUCGCAUUCCGAGGGGCUAUCAUUUCCAAGCUGCGGAACCUCCAAUAUGUUCGCGCUGGCAGAAAGACUCUAUGGGAAGAAGGUGGCAUCAUGGUCACAUGCCAGCCACCAGCAACCGAACCAGUAGAAAUGGCUUCAUUGGCACAAGCACAAGGCGAUUCUAAAACUUUUGCAGCAUCACUUAGAAACAUGACAUCAAAAACAUCUCUACCAAUCUGGAUGUCCAAGAUAUGUUGCAUGCAAGUUGAUGAUAAAGAGUGUGUUGAUGUUCCAGUAGCGAUUGGCAACUUGACGGCCUUGCAUACCUUUGGUGUCAUUAAUGUUGGAGCUAGAAAGGGGAUCAUCAAGGAGUUGAAGAGACUUACCCAACUGCAGAGGCUCGGGGUGUCUGGCAUCAAUGUGGAUAACAUCCGUGAGUUCUUUUCUGCCAUCUCUGAUCUCAUCCACCUACAGUCCUUAACAGUGAAAGUGCAACCCACGAAAAACAAGAAUGAUUAUCGAUUUGCUUGUCUGGAUGGGACUACAUCCCCACUACCUAAGGCCCUCAAGAUCCUCAAGCUGCAUGGCCAUGUACGUAUAUUGUCAGCCAGGUGGUUUGAGCAGCUUGGUAAUCUUCAAAAGUUGGAUCUUGAGAUGACCGUCCUUGCACGAAUGGAAAUUUUCGUCCUUUUUGCAUUGCCAAAUAGAGAUGCGUUACAGCGUCUUUGUGUGAGGCCAAUACGAGUUACUGAGCUCUAUGUUGCGCCAAAUUUAUACUUGGAAUUCUAUAAGACAAAGGUCCUUGAAAUCCAUUGCACUUCUGAGCUGAAAGUAAUUUUUGGUGGAAUGUUGCAUUUUUUAGAGGUGCUUAAGGUUCACUGCUCCAUUGGGUCCAGUUUUCAAUUUUCUGGUCUGGAUAGUCUAUUUCGCCUCAAGGAGGUGUGGCUUAAAGGUUCCUAUAGCGAUGAAGUCAAGCAAAAUUUGCAGCGGCAACUUGACCAGCAUGAGCGCCGACCUAUCUUGAAGCUGUUGCAGCCGCGUGCAUCCUCAUUUGUGUAAAUUUAUUAUGUGUAAACAUUGCAAUUGAGCUAGGAUUAUCA